AUGGCGACAGUUGGGGAACUCACAGGGAUCGUUAAAGGACUAGCUGACGUGGUAAAGUCCCAGCUAACAAACCAACAUGAUGCCCAAGAAGCAAAUCGACAACACAUCGAAGCACUCGCGAAAACUGUCGCAGAUUCAGCCACAAAUUCCCCAAGUUCAAGCUAUGUUGACACUUUGAAGUUGCCUCAAGUGGUUUUACCUCGCUAUACAGGUAAGCCUGACGAACAACUUGACCGUUUUCUUGACCAGCUUACGACGCUAUUAAAAUCUUCUGGAGUUCCAGCUAAACAUUGGACAACCUAUCUUAAGCAACAGGUGCAGCAAGAUUUACGUGCUUAUGAUUCUGUUGUGUUUGCUGAAGAAGAAUGUAAACAUGCUCUUGGAGAGGACCCUGCCAAUAUUACUAUCGAACAGUAUGAAACGUACUUUAACCUUGUCAAAGCCUCGUUAGUUAAGAAACGUGGAAAACCUAAAGAUGAACGUAUACGUGAAUUACUUCAAGUCUAUUACAACCUCCAACAAAGUAGAGCGGAACCUGUUUCAACUUUUGCACAUCGAUUCUGUGACAUUCAACACGAACUCGAGAAAUGUAUUCCUGGAAUACACUAUACAGGCACGAAUGAUGAUAUCGAACUGAGACAUGCAUUUUUGAUAAAACUUCGACCUGAAAUUGGAAAAGCUCUGAUGAGCCGAGACGCCAAGUAUUCUUCUCUAUCGGAGGUUAUUGAAGCUGCUAACAGAUUUGAACAAAGUUUUCCCCCAUUACCUCUCCUUUCAGCAGAAUAUGUUGACCCAUUUCGUGAAGACAAAGCUAUGUUAAAACCCAAAUCCUGUUACAACUGUAAUCAACCUGGUCAUUUCAAAAGAAACUGUCCUGCUUUGUACAAUCUUGGGACAAACCAAGAACGAAAACAAACAUUUCGUGGAAAUACUACCAGUCAAACCGAAGUGUGCCUCCAGUGGAAUCAACGAGCUGUUCCUCGCUGCUUACUUCCUGAUAAUCAAUGCAAGUUUCAUCGACAACAUGUGUGUCUGGUUUGCAAAAAGAAGGGAUGUAAACAACUGUUGCACAAAGAAGUAAGUUGCCUAUACAAAGUCAACUGGACGAAAAGCUAUCAAGUAAGUUUCAGGCACAAUUUGAUAGUCUUUGCUCUAAAUUGGAAACUGUACUUCCAAAUUCAAAACCCCCUACCCCACCCACCACCCCUGCUGACAAUAACCCACCAGCCAGUGAUUAUCCCCUAUUUGGCAUGCCAUCCGUUGCAGCUGAUUCUGUUGAAAUUCCUGACUUGAGCAAGAAGUAUAUAAUGUGGGCGAAAGUAAAAUCAGCCGGUGUUGAACUUUUGCUGCCUUUUGAUAGUUGUUGCUCAGUGUCGCUUUGUAGUUUGAUCCAUGCUGAACGUGUCCAACAAAUGCAUCCAGACUUGAAAAUGACUAAGCUUACCAAGCCAGUUGCAAUUAAUGUUGCUAAUGAAGAUGCUGUUUUACAAGGGAUUGCCCUACAAGAUAUUCCUAUUACCUCCUGGGAAAUCUUCAGUACAUACCAUGUUGGUUGUACCCAAGUUAGCUUGGCAUGUUUUGUUUGGUAACAAUCAUUUGGAAGCCACAGAUGCAAUUGUUAAACACCAAGAACGAAUUGUAAGUUUUACACAUCCCCAAAUGAAAUUUGCUAUGAAGUGCCCACGGGAACCUCCUGUCCGUCCUUCUGGAAGAGUCGAAACCAAUGUCGUAUCCUUGAGUACAGUAGUAGAAACCCCUCAAAAACUAUCACCUGGGAUUAACAUUAUCAAAGUCUGUGUAAUUGUUGCUACUAUUGGCAUAUGAUCCUUUCACCUGCUUUGUCUAGUAUGAUAGCCGACACAAUACAGUCAUUGGGUAAUCGAAGUUGGAUUGAAGCUAGCCCUCUUUUUACCACCACAUAUGCACUUGUUAUUCCUGGUCCGAUUAACCUUGAUCAAAUACAGCAUGAGACUAAUGCAUUUAAGACCGCUUUUGUCAAUGUUAAAUGCAGUAGUAGCAAGUUUCUUGAAGAACCCAACAAUGUAGAAAUUGAACCAGAGCAGAAGUUUUAUGUCAACCUUGCUGUAUAUAACCAAAGCAAGCAUACCGAGACUUUACCUGUUGGUGUGAUUGCCGACAUCACACCAAUGACUGAUGAACAUCAAGUUGACUUCUCACAAGCAGCAUCCAAAACAGCCUCAGAUAUAGCUUGUGAAGCUGUUGAACAACUUGAGCAAGUACAAUUACAUCAAAACCUUUACCGUAAAGCUCAACACAAGCAAGCAAAAGUUUGUCAUGAUACUUUACCCCAUCCAUUUCAAAGUUUUAACCCACUCCAUUCCCAGAAAGAGAUGAAUAUUGCAUUUCGUAAAAACAAAGAACCAAGUUUUAGUCAAUUUACUAACCUUUACUGUGCAAAUCAUAUUGGGUGAUGAGAGCCGUGAUUUACCUCCUUUAAGUGACACCACGUUAGAUCCGUUCUCUGAAGAUUACAAAGAUAUGGUUGUUGAAGCCAUCCAUUUGCAUGACAAUUGCAAUCUCACCACUACACAAAAAACUGAACUUGAGUCUCUUAUUCGCGAACACGCCCAUGUUUUUAUGUUACCAGGAGCUCCAUUUCGCGGAGUUAACCAUGUCGAACACAGUAUUGAGACUGGUGAUGCUAAACCCCAAUACUCAACGCCAUAUUCCCACUCUCCUGUUCAAUUACAGCUUAUCAAACGAGAAAUUCAAAAAAUGGUUGAACAAAACAUUUUAGAACCAUCAACAUCCCCCUGGGGUGCCCCUUGUUUAUUGGUUAAAAAGAAAACGGAACAUGGUCUACAAGUGACCCCCCGUCUUGUUUGGGACUAUCGCAAACUGAACAAAGUUACAAAACCUGAUGUCUACCCACUUCCUCAUGUGCAAAUGAUCCUUGACCAACUAGGUGGAAAGAAAUGGUUCACUAAGUUGGACUUGUUUAGUGGAUUUUGGCACAUUCCCAUAACCCCAAAGGACAGAGAGAAAACAGCGGUUAUAACUCAUGUUGGACUUUAUCAGUUCAAAAAACUUCCAUUCGGUCUCCGUAACGCCCCUGCUAGUUUUCAGCGUCUAGUGAACUCCACUUUUGCCGACAUGCUUUUUCCUGCUCACGAAGCACCUUACCUGUCGACCUAUGUGGAUGAUAUAUUGUGCCACAGUACCAAAUGGACCAACCACCUUACCCACCUCGAACGUGUUUUGAAGCGAUGUGAUAAAGUAGGUCUUUCGCUUAAACCUUCAAAGUGCAGUUUUGCUAGUCAUAGCCAGGAAUUUCUCGGCUAUGUAAUCUCAAAAGACGGUUGUGCGCCAGAUAAAGAUAAAAUACAAGCUGUUGCGUCUUUCCCUCGACCAACUUGUGUAUCAGACGUUCAAACGUUUCUUGGACUUGCCGGAUAUUAUCGUGAACACAUACCACAUUUCGCAACGUCCUCUUUUAACCUCCGAAAACUACUCAAGAGUCAAAGUGUUUUCCAUUGGGGAGAUCAAGAACAGAAGGAAUUUGAUUCCUUAAAACAGGCCUUAUGCUCGGACAAGGUUCUUCUUCAUCAUCCCAACUGGGAGCGUAACUUUAUUGUCCAGACUGAUGCAUCAUCUAAAGGCCUCGGAGCCGUGUUAUCACAAAUUGGACCUGACAACAAAGAACAUCCUGUACGUUAUGCUAGUCGAGCCCUUCAAGUCCCAGAGUCCAAAUGGACAACCCGUGAACAGGAACUGUUAGACGUUAUUUGGGCUUGCGAGACAUUUCAUCGUUAUCUUUGGGGACGUAAAUUUCUUAUUCAAACGGAUCAUGCAAAUCUCCAGUGGCUCCAAGCUGCUAGUCCACAAAAGAGUCGUUUAGCUCGUUGGGCAAUGCGCCUAGCUGAGUAUGAUUUCGAAUUGCAACACCGUUCAGGAAAAAACAAUGCAAACGCUGAUGCCCUUUCCCGAUGUCCAAUUCCCCUCAGUAGUACUUCAGCCGAAUCUACAAGCUCGAGUGAAAUGGAAUCUUUGAUGGAUGUAAAAACACUAGUUGUUCUCGAGUCAUGUCUCGAUGUUGAUGUUGAUUUAUCGCCAGAGAAUAAGUUAGCACAAGAUCAGUUAAUUGCCCUGAAACCUUCCUUGUUUGAAUUCAGAGAUGAACAACGUUUAUGUCCUGAAUUAAUGCCAAUCAUUCAGUAUCUAACAGAUCUAAGUCCAGAACAGUCUCCUGAGAAGCAUUCAAAAUUUCAAGGAUACGAGGUCAAUUACAAUGAUGGUUGUUUAUAUUACAAUGAUAUUACUGAUCCAGACAAUAGACCCCUUCUGGUGGUGCCUGCCACACUACGGCGUCAAUUUAUGUAUGCACAUCACAAUGCCCCCUUGUCUGGUGGACAUAGAGGACGUGAUUCAACUCUAUCUUCUCUUCGUCAAAAGUACUAUUGGCCUGGAAUGGUCCGCGACGUCCGCAAAUGGGUACGAAAGUGUAUUGCUUGUGUAAAACGGAAAGCCUCACAAGUGAAGCAAGGACUAAUGCAAAUUCGAACAUAUUCAGAACCUUGGAAUAAACACUGUUGGAAUCGACUUGAUUGGUCCUUUCCCUGAAACGAAGACAGAAUACAAAUACGUUCUAACCGUUACAGAUUUCUUUAGUCACUACACAAUCGUUGCCCCCUUGUCAGACAAAUCUGCAAGAACCGUAGCAUAUAACUUUUUCAACCAUGUAAUUUGCGUGCACUCCUGUCCUAAGAAGUUUAUGAGUGACCGUGAACUGAAUUUCUGAACGAUAUCAUAAAUGAACUUUGCCAACUCCUUUCCAUUAAGAAAGUGUACACAAGUGCUUAUCGACCGCAAGCGAACGGAGGAACCGAACGUGUUCACCGUUUCAUUAACGACAGUGUUUCAAUGUAUAUUACAAAGUUUGCACGAGAAUGGGAUCUUUGGAUAUACGCAAGUGCAUUUGUGCACAAUACUUCUGUCAUCACUGGCACAGACGGACUUACUCCUUUCUUUCUUAUAUUUGGACGAGAACCGGUUAUGCCAACUGACGUAAUGUUGUCUCCAGUUGUUGUGAUACCACAAGACCAGAAAACUUAUGCCAAAGAAUUGCUCAUGAAACUAUCUAAAGCUCGUGAAUAUAUGGCUGCUAUCACGAAAGAACUUCGACACAAGCAGAAAGAUUACUACGAUCUACACAGCCAGAAAUCUCACAGGCCAGUCGCAAGCUGUUGAUUUUACCGGCUUGCGGCAAGUUGUCAACAAGUCGCGACAGGUCUGUUGGUUUCGUCAGGCGGUAACAGGCUUGCGGUAACAGGUCUGUCGCAAGCUGUUGACAACAGAGCCGUAGCGACUUGUUGAAACAACCCGUUACAAACCUGUUACUAACAAGAGAUAACAGGUCUGAUAGAACAACUUGCAGCAAGUCUGUUGAAAUCAACAGGUCUGUUCCAACCUGUUCCAACAGACCUGUCGCGAGUUGUUUUUGUCAAGUCUGCAGCAAGCUUGUUAUCAGACCUGCGACAAACCUGUCCACAACAAACAAUUUUUGUCCUGUCACAACAAGUUUCAACAAGCCUGUGGUUGGGAAACAAACCGAAAAUGUGAGUAAAGAGAUAUAAAAUCGCACGAAAUGGACACUUCCGGCUUCACUUUCUCAUUUAAUCAUUGGCAUUGGUGGCAAUAUUAAAUCACAUAGGAGAGAUUAUAGUCCAUAGUAUCUAUUCUCUGAUUAUUAUAAAAUGCAAAAGCCGCUGUUUUAUUUUUUUUUAAAAAGUUCCGAUUUCCAAAAUCCAAAUUCCAAUUUGCUGACGUGUGCUAUCGCUAUAAUUCUUUAAUCUGAUUGGAUAAACGCGUGUGCACACGUCAUCAUUCCUCGUUGCAAUUGGGCGAAAUAUUACAAACAUAUCAAUCACGUAAUCAUGUUUAGUUGUUUUUCAAUUUUGAGCCAAACAAAAUUUCAACAACUGCCUCAAACAAAAUCAAACAAGUUCAGCUGUUUUGAUUUUUGAAGAAACUGUGGCAAUGAGAAUACAAGAUCUACUAGAGCUUAAGAAAUGAACAAUACAUGAACAACCGAGUGUUAACUGCAACGUUCGUCAUUGUUGAUAUGAACAUGAAAUUCGUUAUAUAAUUUCUUUCCAAUUUCAAGUGAAAUCUGCGAGCGAGGAAGACGCCUUAUUGAAGCUUUGUGUUAUGGUAUGUACUGUUUUGAAGAAAAAUAUGCAAGUAGGUUGUCAUAUUUCGGUCGUACUUAAAGACAAUUAAUUUUAAAAAUUGUUUACGAUAAGAACCCUUCUUGAAUUUGUCGUAUUUUUUCGGCUGUUUUGCUCAAAAAUUAUCUCGCAAGUUUGUUUAUAAAACUUUAUAUUCAUAUAUAAAAAUUAUUUCACAAGUUUGUUUAUAAAACUUUAUAUUCAUAUAUAUAAAAAUUAUCUCGCAAGUUUGUUUAUAAAACUUUAUAUUUCAAACUUCUAUUUCACGAAACACUACAACCGAAAUAUGGCAACCUGUUUGGCCGUUUUUUUUGUUCAAAAUAGUGGAUACACAAGCUUCAUAAGGCGCUUUCCUCGGUUUGCAACAGGUCUGUCGCAAGUUGUUGAAAACAGCAUUGCUGCAGCUCUGUGUCAACAACUUGCGACAGGCCUGUUGAAAACAGCAUUGCUGCAGCUCUGUUACAACAGCUUUUAACAGACCUGUUGAAAACAGCAUUGCAGCAGCUCUGUUACAACAGCUUGUAACAGACCUGUUGACAGGCCGUUGCAGGUCUGUCAGAACAGACAGGUACAAGGCGAGCGAACGCAUCCAGAUAUCGGCUUGUUGACAACAGGAUUUAACAGAUCUUUUGCAGAUCUGUUCCGACUUGCGCGUUUCUGGCUGUGUAGGCCGAAAAACAACUCAAUUCCUAGUUGGUGACCUUGUUGUAGUUCGUCGGACUCAGCGCAGCGGUCAAACAGGAAUCGCAGCCAAAUGGCUACCCCGAUGGACUGGCCCAUACCGCAUUGUAGAACAAAUGCCAAAUGGUGACAAUUAUCGAUUGGAACAUGUCGAAACUGCGAAAAUACUCGACCCAACCAAUGUGGACAAAUUGAUCAAAUUUGAACCCUGGUCAGUCAACGAAUCUAACUCCGGACAAACCAAUCCAAACGAAGAAGAGGACACCCCGACCGAAAUCUCACAAUCCCAUCGCAACCCGCAGUUUGAGAAUGGUUCGUUUAUUGUCUACGAAAAGCUUGGAGACUUUUUUGAUGACGACAUAAGAAUCAUGAUCGAAGAACUGCAUGCUUGGUUAAAAUCACAAAAAGACUAUAAGUCAUCAACCGGAGAAGCGUGCAAAUACCUUUACACAAAAAAUCCCGAGUUCAAAAAGAUUCUUCAAAGCAUUGGUGGAAUUCGUCAGUUGCUGAUUCAUACACCAUCGAUACAGUUUGAAAUGCCUGACGCAACCGGUGGAAAAAACUCUCUGAAACUGUUGGAUGCCAGUCAACCAGUGAAAUACCAUUUAGACCGUCUAGGAGGACGCUAUGGUAUAGGAAGAAUCGUCAGCUACUACGAAGACGAAGACGUGUACGAUAUACAACUUUGGGAUAGAAAAUCGAAGAAGACAAAGUGGAACAAAGCUCUGAGACAAGUUAAAGUAGAAGAUGAACCUGCUACUGAACUUGUACAGUCAAAUAGAGUGUUAUGUUCUAUUGAGUUAGACGAUAAGUAUAAGAUUGGACAGAACGCUCAAAAGCAACUUGAAGAUUUACAAUUACUUUGUGUUUGUUAUAACAACAAGUGUCUUCCUAAUUGUUAG